AUGGUGCAUAUCCAGGACCUCCCAAUUGAGAUACUGAACCAUAUUUUGUCUUUUAUUUUCUACCCUAAAUAUGAAUCCUUCGAAAAGUUACCAGAGGGUGCGGAUGAAGGUGAGAAACCCAAAGGAGUCACUGCGGAGGAAUUGAAGAGAGGCGACAGGCACGACGAUGAAAAUGACGAUGUUAAUGUUACUCUACUCAACCUCUGCCUAGUUUCGCGGUUGUUCCGCGAUCUAGCCCAACCUGUUCUCUUCCACGAUUUCGAGGAAGAUGGCUGGACUGAAGAUAUAAGCAAGACCAUCUCUUUUACUAGAUCUAUCUAA